CGUACCAACCUACGAGGCACCAAAGCGCAGCAGAACACUCCGAUCUCACGGUAAACUUCCAACUAUUUCGCCGUGAAAUUAUUUCUCCGAAAUUAAAAAAUAAAAGCAACAACUGGAGCCAAGGAGACUUUUUCCCGGAGUCCUGUGUUGUUAAUCAUCACACCUGAAACGGAUGAGAAGAAACUAAAAAUCCCCUUUCCUGCGGCCGAGGAGUGUGUUACUGGGAUUUAGGGGGGAUACAAGAAAAGUGAAGCCGGAGGAUUAAAGCGGCUCAGGUUGGGAAGAUGCCGGAGGACGUGCAGCAAACGGGGUGAAGCUGCCCGGCGCGCAGUCCCCUUCCCCGGCUGCACGGACGCGCCACAGUCCGCGCCACAGUCCGCUCCCCCGCCGCUGCUGGAGAGACAUUUCUGCGCUCCCGUCUCUCCUCGUUUGUCCGUCAUCGUCACCACUCUCCUUGGAAUAAAAACACAGCCUUCAUCAUCCUUUUUUCCUUCAGAGAGAUUUUACUACAAAAACUUUUGUGUUUGACUAAUGGAUCGGCCCCCGCGCGCCUCCUCUACGGGUGGGAUGUGGCGGCUGUGAACGGGACGCAGCAGAGCGGUGAUGGUGUGACAGGCAGGACAUGCACACCCGCAGUUUUCAACGCAGGAGUUUCACAUCUGGUAAACUGGGCCAGUCAGCAGCAGGAUCAGGAUGAGAAGAUGGCUGACUGUGUGUUUCCAAUGGGACCAGAGAGUUUUCAGCGCUUCACGCCGGACUCCCUGGCGGCCAUCGAGCAGCGCAUCGCCCAGGAGGAGGCCCGGCACGGCAAACAGUACCAGGAGGACCUGGGUGACGUGGAGUUCCCCCAGCCUCGGCCCGACUUGGAGGCUGGAAAACAGCUGCCGCGCAUCUUUGCUGACAUCCCGUCUCAUCUGGUGGGCGUCCCCCUGGAAGACAUUGACCCGUACUACAGAGAUAAGAGGACCUUCAUAGUCCUGAACAAAGGGAAGGCCAUCUUCCGUUUCAGUGCCACCUCAGCUCUCUACAUCUUCAGCCCUUUCCAUCCCAUCCGCAGAAUCGCCAUCAAGAUCCUGGUCCACUCAUAUCCUUACACACACACACACACACACACACACACACUCUGUGUACUGUAUGCAUCUUUACUGUCUGAUCUGCUGCUGACUGCUGCAGGGGGUCAGAGGCUGUUAACAGAGUUUGUCAAAGUAGGGAACCUGCAGGCCCUGAGAACCUUUAGAGUGCUGAGAGCCCUGAAAACUAUCUCAGUCAUCCCAGGAACAGCUUUGACCAUCUGGUUUCUCCUUAAAAGUCAGAGUCUGUGGCCUGAAGUUCGACUGUUGUCGUCCAGCCUGGCCUGUCUCUACUGCCUGUCUGUCUCUCUCUCUCUCUCCCUCUGUGUCAACUCGUUAUCGUUCAGUGUGGUCAUACCCCUCUGUGUGUGUCUGUUUUUGUGCUUCUGUCUCCCUGCUUGUUGCAGAUAUGUGACUGAGUUUGUGGACCUGGGUAAUGUGUCAGCCUUAAGGACGUUCAGGGUGCUACGAGCCCUGAAAACCAUCUCUGUCAUCCCAGGCCUGAAGACCAUCGUCGGCGCUCUGAUCCAGUCUGUGAAGAAGCUGGCGGACGUGAUGAUCCUCACCGUCUUCUGCCUGAGCGUCUUCGCCCUCAUUGGCCUGCAGCUCUUCAUGGGGAACCUACGGCACAAAUGCAUCCGCAACACAACUCAGUGCAUUAAUGACAGCCUGAGAAACACUACCUUCUACUGCAACAACAGGACGUGGGCCUCCCUGGAUGACUUCGAGAAUAACGAGGACAACUUCUACAAGGCGGAUGGAGCCAAAGAUGCCUUAAUCUGUGGGAACAGCACUGAUGCAGGAAAGUGUCCAGAUGGGUUCAACUGUCUGAAGGUCGGAAAGAACCCCAACUACGGCUACACCAGCUUUGACACUUUUGGCUGGGCCUUCCUGUCCCUGUUCCGCCUCAUGACACAAGACUACUGGGAAAACCUCUACCACCAGACUCUGCGUUCGGCCGGAAAGACCUACAUGGUGUUUUUCGUGGUGGUGAUAUUCCUGGGCUCCUUCUACCUGGUGAACCUCAUCCUGGCCGUGGUCGCAAUGGCGUAUGAAGAGCAGAAUCAGGCGACCAUUGCAGAGGCCUGCCAGAAGGAGCGGGAGUUCCAGCAGGCCAUGGAGAAGCUAAAGAAAGAGCAGCAGGUUGCCUCACAAAAAAUUCUUGACUCGGACUCGAUGAGGCACCUUCCAGCCCACCAUCGGACAGCUGGCAAGAGCGGAGGCAGAGCCAAGUGCUGCCGCUCCACCCACUCCUCGCUCGUUCGUUUUCCACAAGGACUCGGCGAAGCAGUCAGGUGUCCUCCAUCUUCAACUUUCGUCUGA